UGACUGGGGACUGGGAGAAUCCGUCCGCGUGCAGUGAGAAGGCACACCGACCCCACAAUGGGCUCUCUCCGGUCUCUCAGGUGCCUCCUAUCCUCCAACUGUCCCAGUCGGCGAUGGAGAGGGAUAGACUGUUGGCCGCUCUCCAACCGGUGAUCAUCCUGGAGCCUGGGACAGUACAGAAUCCACUUCUGGCACUUUCAGAGCUGGGCACGGCGCCUCUCUUGUACACCCCAGCCGUUAUUCCUGGUGACCGGUACGCGGCCGCCCGGUUGGCAGAGCUGAGCCAGCACCGUCCCCUGGGCCGGACUCAGUCCGCCCCCCUUCCCCAGAGCCCCCAGUCUGUCCAGCAGAAGCUGCAGACCCAGCAUCUGGACCAGCUCCUCCUUGAGAGACUCAAGCAGCAGACCCACCUCGGCAAGCUGAUGAGUAAGAGGCGACUCAGUCAUGGUGAGGAGGGGGAGUCAGAGAGGAAGGGUCCGGGACGAGGUGGACCCUCGGACAGACCCCGACUCACUGAGGACAGCACGGAGGAUGGGCCGAAUGGGCUGGGCUCAGGAAACAGCAGUGAGGCUCACAGCCCACAGGUCUCUCUCCCGUGGGAUUUACCCAGAGUCCGGCAGAAGCCCCCGAACCUGGAGGCCUUUGGGGUAAUUUACCCCGGGUGGGCUCAGCAUCGCCCCCUGUCUCGCGCCCGUUCCUCCCCAGCCUCGGCGGGAGUCCCGGAGAGAUCGCCGCGCCCCCCCUCCUUCAGCACCGGGCUAGUAUACGAUAGCGGGAUGCUGAAACACCAGUGCACGUGCGGGAACAGCGAUCACCUCGAACAUCCCGGGAGGAUACAGAGCAUUUAUUCCCGACUCCAGGAAACAGGACUGAAGAGCCAGUGUGAGUGUGUCCGAGGAAGGAAGGCCACCUUUGAGGAGAUCCGGUCAGUCCACACGGAGAGUCACGUCCUCCUGUACGGGGCUAGCCCCCUCAGACACCUCCACCUAGACCCGAACAAACUCCACGGAAUCCUAUCCCAGAGGGCAUUAGUCAUGUUGCCCUGUGGAGGUUUUGGGGUGGAUAGCGACACGGUGUGGAACGAACACCACACGCCAGGCGCGGCACGGUUGGCUGUCGGGUGCACCGUCGAGCUUGCUCUGAAGGUGGCCUCCGGGCAACUCAAGAACGGGUUCGCCAUCGUCCGACCCCCCGGGCAUCACGCUGAGGCAUCGACUGCCAUGGGAUUCUGCUUCUUUAACUCGGUUGCUGUGGCCACCAAACAGCUGUUACAGAAGACAGACACCAGGCGGAUUCUGAUUGUUGACUGGGACGUGCACCAUGGAAACAGCACCCAGCAAGUCUUCUACAGUGAUCCCAAAGUCCUCUACAUUUCCCUCCAUCGCCAUGAUGGAGGCAACUUUUUCCCGGGAAGCGGAGCCGCAGAGGAGGUCGGAGCAGGACCAGGGGAGGGGUUCAACGUUAACAUUGCGUGGAGUGGGGGGUUGGACCCUCCCAUGGGCGAUGCUGACUAUCUGGCUGCGUUCAGGACGGUGGUGAUACCGAUUGCGAAGGAAUUCUCCCCCGAGCUGGUCCUGGUAUCCUCUGGGUUUGACGCUGUCGAGGGACACCAGCCCCAGAUGGGGGGUUACCGGGUAUCUGCAAAAUGUUUCGGGGUGCUGACCCGGGAGCUGAUGGAGGUGGCUGGUGGCCGCGUGGUCCUAGUGCUGGAGGGUGGACACCAUCUGACCGCUAUCUGUGACGCAUCAGAGAUGUGUGUGAGAGCACUCCUGGGGCAGGAGGGCUGGGCGAUGAAGGCAACCGUGCUGAACACCUUCUUCAACGCCCACCCACCCGUCUACCCGCGACACAAACUUCAAAGUCAGACACCACUUGACUCCAGGGUCAUAGUCCAACAGGUUUAUCUGAGAUCACGCCUGGGGAAGGAGCAGUGUUCCAACAGCCAGGGAUCCCAAAUAAACCUGUCGGACUAUAAUCCUGGUGUCGCGUGGCUUCGGACUUUGUCCCAGCCCAACACCGGGCACCUCCCCAUCAUCUCAAGGAGCGGCCAACCGGCGCUCCAAGGUCAACGUGUUCAGCAACUCUUCCCCAGGACCGACUGGGCCCUGGUUAGAUCCCACUUGGAAUAUUGUCUUCGGUUCUGGGCGUCUCAUCGCAGGAAGGAUGUGGAAGCUUGA